UUAACCCCGGAGAUGUUGGCAACUUAUGAUGGAAGCGAUCCUUCAAAGCCAAUCUACAUUGCUAUCAGUGGAAUAGUGUAUGACGUUUCAGAAGGGAAACCUUAUUAUGGCAAAGGUGGUAGUUAUAGCUUUUUUGCUGGAAAGGAUGCAACCCGAGCGUACAUCACUGGUUGCUUUGAAACAGAUCUGACUCACGACUUGCGAGGAUUAUCUGAUGCACAGAUUGAAUCGCUAUCUACAUGGGUUGAUUUUUAUGGAGAUCAUAAAAAGUAUUUCAAGGUGGGAAGAGUGGAAAACCCACCCAUUGACCCAGCCUCACCUGAACCAGCACCAUGCAAAGAAUGA